AUGCCUGACAAGAACUCCGGCAGCAGCUAUACCCCCUACACCGUGACUGGCAGCGGAACAAACAGCCAAGGCAACAGCUAUGAUACCCGCUCCCAGCCCGGAGGCAGUGCUUAUCAUUACAGCAACGCCAAUGGCAGCUAUUAUUAUAGCAACUCUGAUAACUCGACUUAUUAUAAUUCGGGCAAGGGAGGCAGUGGUAGUGCUACUUAUACUGCUCCGAAUGGGAAUGUGUAUAAGAAGUAG